AUGCCAGAGAUGCCAGAAACUGGUGGCGAGUGGUCGGGUUUCUUUCAGAGACUCAUCAGCGUGUUUCAUGCUAUCAACACCCAUCUCACUUUUCUCUCGGCACACUCGCGUGCGGUGAUUCCCUCGGUGAAACUAUUGCAAAGCUUGAACGAGUCGAUAACCACCGCUGAUCUAGCCAUAUUCAAGUGCUUGUUUCCAGAAGAUGAGAUUUACUACGAUUACGUCGAUGAGAACCAGAUAAUGCUCUCGUUUGUCGAAGAAGUCAAGGUGGACCAAAGAGGCUAUGUUCAGACUUCGGUGGCGGACAAAUUUGAAGAUGAACCGCGUCAGUCGAAGCAGAUUCUAGUGUUUGAUUUCCAAGAUGUCAAGAUUCACGGGAUUGGCAAGGUUAUCAAGGGUAACAAGCGAAUGAAAACUUCAGAGGACAACCGUGAGUACCACACCCGUCGCCGGCAAAACUUUUUCUUGAGCAGCAAGGAAAACGUGUUGGCGCCGUUGAAGCAAAUCCACAUUACAAAGAUUAUCCAGGGACGAGAUGGCAUGUUCCAACAAAGCUUAAAAGAGUUUGUUCAGGGCUAUCGAGAUCAAAAUGAGGCGGAAGCGGAACUAAAGAGGCUAGCGCAAGACUCGAUACCGGAGGAGCCCGAAUUAAAGGAUAUGGUUGAAGUUCUUCAGUCUCGAGAAGACAGGGCAAAGGAAGCGAAAUCUUUGAUUUCUGUUGACGAAAUGAUCACUGCGUUGAAGGAAUCAAGGUACUACGUGGACCAGAUUUCAUCAGUUCACAAUCUUUGCGAAGGGCAAGAUCCUCAAUAUCGACGACUUUCCCGGGACUCAAGCCAGUUUCUUCACCCGGAACUCAAGGAAGCGCUCUUGCUGGCCAAGGGAAUCUCCAUUGAAGAAGGACUCUAUACUCACCAAGCCGAGGCAUUGGAAUCGCUUUUGGAUGAAUCUGACGAUGCAAAUGUGAUUUUGAGUACAUCGACCGCUUCGGGGAAAUCAUUGGUGUACCAACUACCAAUUUUAAACUCGAUAUUAUGGAACAUCACCAAUGGUUUAAAAGGCAGACACUCAACGGCGUUUUUCAUAUUUCCUACUAAGGCCCUCGCACAAGACCAAAUUCGGCAUUUCCAGACAUUCUUGAGCCACUUGCCCCUCCAGUUUAGUAGUUCGAUUACAGUAAACACUUUUGAUGGCGACACCCCUUUCCCAGAGAGAGCCAAGAUUCUGAGAGAGUCAGACAUCCUUUUCACAAACCCUGACACCAUCCACGCGUCAAUACUUCCCAACCACCAUAUGGAAGUGUGGUCCAAUUUCAUCAAGUCGCUCAAAUUCGUGGUGAUGGACGAGUUGCAUGUUUACAAGGGCACGUUUGGUAUCAAUGUGGGCUACGUUAUGGCGCGCCUAUUGCGAUUAAAAAGCAAAUUGUGCCACGAGGACAAGCAGUUGAGAUUUGUCUCAUGUUCGGCAACCAUUGCCAACCCCGUGAACCACUUCAAAACUGUUUGUUCCCUCUCUGAUGAAGCAAAAGUCAUUCACAUUGCCAAUGACGGGAGCGCCAAGUGUGAAAAAAAGCUCAUUGUUUGGAAUCCCCCAGUUUUGAUGAACAAUGCUGGUGAGAAGGGACCGUCGGACUCCAACAGCGCCAUGAUCCCCAGAGUGAGUGCAAUCUCCGAGCUGGCAAAACUCCUAUUGACUCUAUUGACUGACUUGCAAGGGCUCCGCGUGAUUGUUUUUUGCCCAAUCAGGGUGGUGGCCGAAAUGAUGAUGAGAGAGGUGCGCGCCCAAAUGCAAGGCUCGCAUUUCCAAAAACUGGGCUCGAUAUCCCAAAGUGACAUCAUGUCAUAUAGAGGUGGCUACAACAAGGCGGAUCGGAGAAUUAUAGAAAAAAAAAUGUUUGAUGGCCAGCUCAGAGCAAUAAUUGCCACAAAUGCGCUAGAAUUGGGGAUCGAUUUGUCCGACUUGGACGUGGUGAUAACUUGUGGAUUCCCCAUUCUGAAGCUGAAUUUGCACCAACAAUUUGGCCGUGCUGGGAGAGGCAAGGCAGCCACCGGUAGUUUAGCAAUAUUUGUUCCCAUGCGGUCGCCAGUGGACCAGUACUACAUUGAACAUGCAGCAGAGUUGGCCCAGAACAAUUACGAAGACUUGUGUGUCGAUUCAUUACGUGAUAUGGAACACGCGCUGUUGAUUCUAGAGCGCCAUUUGCAAUGUGCCGCUUACGAGAUUGCGUUGGACAAAGAUGAUGAUUACCAAUGGUUUUGCAAGGGAAGAAGCUUGAGUUCAUUUCACAAGAUACUAGAGCAACAUUUGCUCUUUGAUGUCGAUGGCAAAUACAAAACAAACCCCAGUUAUCUUCCCAAACCAACCAAGAUAGUGUCCAUUAGGGCAAUCGAUGACUCCACCGUGGCCAUUGUUGAUAUCACAAACAACAGAAACAUUGUACUUGAAGAAGUUGAGCUUGAAAGAACCACGUGGACUAUAUAUGAAGGUGGCAUAUUUCUUCAUCAAGGUCAGCCGUAUUUGAUCAAGGAGUUUAAUGCUAAGGAAAGAUACUGCAAGGUGGAAAGGGUGAAUGUAGACUGGACAACGUCUCAACGAGAUUACACCGACGUUGACCCCGAAGAAGUGGAACUAGUUAAACUAAUCAAGCCCGUCAAUAUGAAGGAACAGUUGGAUACUCCAGCGUUCUUUGGCCAAAUCAAAGUCCACAUGAAGGUGUUUGGCUUUUUCAAAGUCAACCGCAAAGAGGAGAUUCUUGAAGUUGUCGAAGUGAAAAACCCGCCAGUUGUUACCUUCAACAAAGGUUGCUGGCUAAAUGUUCCCAAAUCUGCCAUUGAUAUCAUACGAAGCAAGAAUUUAUCACCUUCGGGAGGCAUCCACGCAGCUGCUCAUGGCAUAAUGAACAUGUUGCCGAUAUACAUCAAUAGUAACAAACCCGGCGGUGUCCAAGCACUUGACUUUGAAAUGGGCACCGAGUGCAAGGCCCCCGCGAAGGAGUUCAAAGCUACAGAGACUAGAAGGAAAAGGCCAGCACGUUUGGUGUUUUACGACACCAAGGGAAAUAAGCAUGGGUCUGGCUAUUCUUACAAGACAUUUGAAUGUAUUGAUGAGUUGAUAUAUUCGACUUUUAAUCGUACAAAAAGCUGCGACUGCGUGUGGGGCUGUCCGCUAUGUGUCGUUGGCGCCACUUGCCGAGAGCAAAUGCGGGUCAUGUCCCGCCCCGCCGCGCUUAUUGUGUUGGGUUCUUUCAUGGGGUUGGACUUGACAAAACUUGCAGCAAAGUUACCGGAUGGUCCCGAGCCGGGCAUGCCUCCCGUGCUCCACAAUACAAUUCUGGACUCUACCGCGGCAGUUCGAUUUUCGCCAAACGUCAAGAUUUUGGAAAGCAUCUGA